AGCCUACUCCUGUAAUCCUACCCACUACCCACCAUGCACUGGGAGGUUUCUAAGGCGACCCUCACAGUCAACAAACAUGGCUGCUGCUGCUGCUGCUGCUGCUGGAGGGAGCUCCACCAAACAUGAGCGAUCCUGCUCACACAUCCCGACGUUCUCCGCCCAACAUCCCAUGAUACCCAAACUGUACGUGAUGCCAUGGAAACAAGACAUGAAGAACCAGAGAGUCCUGAUGAAGAACGCGGCUCUUGCAGGGAUCCCCGUCGUUCCUCUUGAGGAGUCUCUGUGCCUCUCUGGUCAGGAGCGUCUCUGUCACAGUCAGGACUCCACACAGUGCUCCUCCUCUUCCUCAUCCUCAUCCUCUGCUCCGUUCAGCCAGACAGGACUGACAGCUCAUAACUCCUCCCACCUCUCCAGGUACAACAGCUCUGUGGUGACGACCAGGCGGCUCUACCAAACCUGAAACUGAUCGGAGUGCGGGUAGUCUUUAGUGCUUGAUGCCCAUGCACAGAGGCUGAAGUCCCCGAAAGUGGACGGCCCAGGUUGUAUUCUGACCUGUGGCUCCUUUCCUGCAUGCUGUACCCGGUUCCCUCGCUCCUAUCUCUAAAUAAAAGGCAUAAAAACACGAAAACACCCUUCGUUUAUAAGUCUGAACCUUUAUUCAUGAUACAGGUGUUACCCUGCUAAUGGAGGGAUGAACAUUUUAAAAGAAAGACUCUGUUGUUACCAGUUACAGUGUACUGUCGCCUCCUAGAGGCUGCAGAGUGCACCACAUGUCUAAUCUUCCCGGUUCAAUGAGUGGCCUUUUUUGUCUUUGUCUGAUUUUAAAUGAGUUUUAACCACAAAUUAAAAGUUCAUCUUUGUUUAGUUGAUGAUAAAGACAGAGGUUAGUUUGACCUCUUCACCUUUUAGAGGAGAAAACUGUUUCUUUAGUGAAACGUCGGAUGUCAUAACAUUACAGACUCUUUCACUUCCAUGAAAUCUUCAUUUCGGUUCAUGCUCGCUGUGAAACACUUUGGUACAAAGCCUGUUUGUUUUUGACCUUUGACCUUCUAGUGUGUAACUGGUGAUAAUGUCAGUGAGCUCCUCCCCCUGUUACUCUUCUUUCUUUUCCCCCCGAGCAGAAUAAGAGAACCUGUUUCU